CAUGUGACUUAUUUGACGUCACAUGGAAUCCCUCGGCUUUUUCACCGAAUAAUUCCGUCUUUGAUCUAUGCUAUGUAAUAGUUUUGGACUUUUUAACGUUAAUAUUUUCUGUAUAUACCGACAGAUGUAGUGAUAUGGCUGGGGUGUUUGAUUUAGAAUUGCACGAUACUCCGGAAGGGGACGAGGAAAUCUCGGAUGAUGAAUUUUUCGAGCCAGAACUUGAGGGAGGAUCUGGACGUGGCCAGAAUCUUAUGUGUGAAGAUGGCAUGGAGACGGUGGAGAUCACAGAGAACACAGUCAAUCCAGGAGAGCUGAAAGUGGGCCCCCAGGACUUCGAACUUCUCAAGGUUCUGGGGAAGGGAGGAUAUGGAAAGGUAUUCCAAGUCCGGAAAAUCUCAGGGGCAGACAAUGGCAAGAUAUUUGCCAUGAAAGUUUUGAAGAAGGCCACAAUUGCCAGAAAUGCCAAAGACACAGCACACACAAAAGCAGAGCGUAACAUACUGGAAUGUGUAAAGCAUCCUUUCAUUGUGGACCUGAUCUAUGCAUUCCAAACCGGGGGCAAACUGUACCUGAUCCUGGAGUAUCUGCCGGGAGGGGAACUCUUCAUGCAGCUAGAGAGGGAGGGCAUCUUCAUGGAGGACACAGCCUGUUUCUACUUAGCAGAAAUCACACUAGCAAUAGAGCACCUGCACUCACAAGGCAUUAUUUACCGAGAUCUGAAACCUGAAAAUAUUCUCCUAGACAAUACAGGACAUGUAAAGCUGACAGAUUUUGGAUUAUGUAAAGAGUCUAUCAAUGAAGGAGGAUUAACCCAUACAUUCUGUGGAACAAUUGAAUAUAUGGCCCCCGAGAUCCUGACAAGGAGUGGUCAUGGUAAGGCUGUUGACUGGUGGAGUUUGGGGGCACUCAUGUACGACAUGUUGACCGGAGCACCACCAUUUACAGCAGAGAACAGAAAGAAAACCAUUGAUAAGAUCUUGAAAGCCAAGCUUAGUCUUCCUCCUUAUUUAACAAAUGAAGCCCGAGGACUCAUUAAAAGGUUGUUGAAAAAAAGCCCACAAGAAAGAUUAGGUGGAGGUGUGGAUGAUUCCAAACCAAUCAAGCAACAUGCCUUUUUUCGACAUAUAGACUGGAAUGAACUUCACCAACACAAGGUUGAGCCCCCAUUUAAACCAUGUGUGACAAGUGAAGAGGAUGUCAGUCAGUUUGACACAAAGUUCACCCGACAGACCCCAGUAGACUCCCCCGACGACUCAGUCCUAAGUGAAAGUGCCAAUCAAGUAUUUGUAGGAUUUACAUAUGUUGCCCCGUCAGUUCUAGAAGAGCUGAACAAACCAUGGAUAUCAGAGAAAGAACCUAGGUCUCCUCGCAAAAUUGGAUCAAGUUUCAAAGCAUCCAUGAGCAUGAGUCCCCAUCAGAUCAAUCUCAUAGAGGGGUUCCGAGUGGCCGGACAAAUGAAUGGUAUGGACGACAUGGAGGUGAUGGACACGACCACACCAACCAUCCCCAAGAGAUCCACCUCCCCCGCCAUCGCCACAAAGAACACCACCUACAAGCAGGCCGCUUAUCCUGGCGCUCAGAACCGACCCCCUCACCUCAGGAUGAAUUGACUAAGGGCCCUCUUUAGGAAAAAAUUAGGAAUUUAAACAAUUUUUAAAAAAUAUUUUUUUCCCUCCUUGUUACAUCUGAAUAGCGGGUUUGUUACAAAUUGAUUGCUCUUGGCUUGCAAUAUAUUAUGUAUUUAUUAUUGAUUUGAAUGACUUAAAAAGUCUUAAGAAACAUUGUAUUAUGUGGCAUGGUCAUAGAUGCUAAUGUUUACCAAACAGAUGUUUUUAUUUACCAACUGAGGAUGUACCAGAAAAGUGAAAGUUGAUUUUUGCCAAAUUAUUUAGGGAAAUGGGACAUUUAAUUAUUUGCUUUUAUUGUUGCAGAAGAUAGAAUGAUAUUACCAUGAUUUUCCCUUUUUAACAUUAAUCAUUGUUUCCACAGAAUCAAAGGGUACACUACAUAUAGUUGAUGAUGAUUUUAUUUUGUGUGUAAAUAGAAAAAAAAUUCUUAUCAAAUGUUCAUUAAUGAAAAAAUCAAAGAAAUGUUUCACUUUGUAUGUGAUACUUUGUUCAAAGACAAAUAUGAAUGUGAGCAAGAAGGGUAAUAACCUCUCUUCGUACAUCAAAAAGGAUGCAAAUUGGAAUGUCUUGGGACAUUAAUUUGCUAGAUACAUAACUCAGGUUGGAGAAUGCAGACCAAAAUAAUGAAAGAUGUACAGGUACAUGGCAAUGUACAGGUAUUACUUAAUGUUGUUGAAUUGUGAUGACUCAGAAAGUAAUCUGUGUCAAGUAAUGGAAUUUGUUAUCCUCCACAAAUUUUUAAUUAAAUUUUCUUGAAAAUAAUUUCAUUUAUGAUUUAUGUUCAUGUACAGUGGUAAUGUAGUAAAUAGAGCUUGCUAUUACAAAGCCUUGUUGACAUGUUGGCCAGCAGAUUUACUGGCACUUUCAAAGCAUCAGAUUCGAGAAAGAAAAUAUUUAUUGUCUUAAGGAAGAAACUCAUGUUCCCAGAAAUUCAUUCUGCACUUUGUACAAGUGUAGAAAGAUUUUAUUGUACUACAUGCAUGUUAGUGUCAUAAGUUCAUAAGACUUGAUUGCUGUGAUAAUUUUCCAGACUUGUCUGCUGGUUUUUAUAUCGAGUACUGUAAUUUGAUCCAGAAUUUGUGAUUUUAUAGUAAGAAAUGUAUCUUAUUGGAUUUUUUAGAUAAUAUUAUCUUGUUUGCUUUGUAACUUUUUUUUCCUCCAAGGUUUAUCUGUAACCUUAUUUAAAAUGAUUAUAACUCAUACAGCAUACCAGUACAUAUAUGUACAAAUAGAUGUGGACAGCUUCAAAUACAGAGACCUUCCUUUGGGAUGCAUAUUGUGGAUAAAGCUUAACUAGUAUUACUUUGGCACUUGAAGAUAUUAUUAUCAAGAUAUUCUCUAUUAAGAGAAGAAAAACAAAACAAAAUAUCACUGUUCACUUUGGCUGUGCCAACUUAUUUAAUAGAGACAAAAUACUGCAAUGCUUACAUAAGUUCUGUAAGUUGCCUGAUUUAUAUAUGGUCAAGUUGAAGGAACUGACAGCUGAUUUGCUGGUUUGAAUUUGUGUUCAGAGAAUGUUUAUUUUUAUGGUUGGGACAAAUCUGGAUAUGAUGUAGUUUGAUUUAGAAAUGUCUGCAUCAUUCUAGCCUUUGUUAUUGAUUAUUGACGUGUAAUUUUUGCCUCUUCCUUUAUUGUUCAGUCGUGAAGUUAGUCCAAAUGUAAACACUUGAAACUUGAGCUUUAUUUUUUUUCUUUUACAGAGAAAGCUGCCAUGAUGUGUAAAUUCUUCAUUUUUGUAAAUUGAUAAAGGAUUAUUAUUAUGUUUUUGUGCAUUUGUAAAUAAUAUGAAUCAUGCCAUAAUUGUUAUUACGGUACUAGUAUUCAAUAUCAAUUUUGUCAAUGAUGUUUUUUGUGCCCAUUUCCAUGGCACUUACUUUUCCUUCUUUAUUUCAUUUUAGACAUGGGUAUGACAUUUGAUCUGAAUCAGAAAAAUAUCUCACGAUUCUGCUCAUUAAAAAAUUCCCAAAGAGAGAGGGAGAUAUUUGUUUUUUAUUACUUGAAAAAAAAAAUUUGUACAUGUUUUAAUCAUGAGCCAUAUUUAGUAAAUUAAUUGUAGUAACAGAGGAAUUGUCCUGCACAAAUGUAAUACAAUUAAAGCUUCACACAUGAUAUUGUAAUUUGUACUGUAAGCAGUGUAGUUUAUAUCUGUUGAUGAUUCUUUGUAUUUGUAAUUACAUGUAAUUGCAAAUUUAAUCAAAGAUGUCAUGAUAUUGUAUCACUGAUUGCAGUUUAAUUUUUGCUGCUAUUAAAUUUAAUUAAAAUGUCAAAGGAAGAAAAAACAUACACUGCUGUUGGAAGUGUUUGUGGAAUGGAAGAUAGACUUUUAAUUUAUUGUAUGAGAGUUUUAAUUUUCUUAUUAUUUUAAUAAUUGUCUCUAGCAAAAGUAUCUUCAUUUUAAUGAAUAUUUUAAAUCUGAAAACAAUGAAUAAAUCAAUUUGAAAUGCG